CACAUUGGCACGGCCCUCAUUCACAUGCAUGCACGUGACCGCUUCUGAUUUUCACUAUCCCGGAUUUUAUGUGCAUUUACUUAAUUAAUUUACCAAAAUAUCAAAAGUCUGGAUUUAUUUUUAAGAUAAAUUAACCAAUAUAAAAUCAUAACAUUUUAUAAUAAUCGCACACACCAACACGUAUAGUACGUGUAAACAAUGUAGAGCGAGAAAGUGAAUUAACAAGUACGUAGAUAGAGAGAGAGAGAGAGAGAGAGAGAGAGAGAGUUACAAAAUCAGGGUUUUCAAUUUCAUUUGGAAGAAAAUCCCCCAUUCGUUUCUCUCUCCUCUUUCCUUUCUUUAAUUUCUUACUUGUUAAAGCUUUGCUUUGCUUGUAAACUGAGUUUCAGUUUUCAGGCCACUUCUUCUUCUUCUUCUUCUCAUUCUUCUUUAUCCAUAAUACAUUCCAUUUGAUUCAUUAAUCGAUAGAGGAAGAAUCGUUUCUCUGAAUUCACCACUAUUAGAGUAAUCAUACAAUUGUUUCUCUAUUCUUCUUUUCUGUAAUCAAUAUCCUUUCGCUUUCUCCUGUUUCAAUCGGAUCUGAAACGAAUAGCAAAGCUGUAAUUGCCCCACACACAGUUGAUUCUCCGGCGCAGAGUUUUCUUGAAGGGCUUUUUCUUAAUUUGCCGAGGGUUUAUGAAAGAUAGUUCGCCAUUUUGCAUUCUCUGAUAUAAGUGACAAUGCCGUACGACACGAUCGAACCGCUUGCUGAGGAAGUCAGUUCCAUAAAUCUCGAGUACAAUUACUCUUCUGCCCAUGGUACAAGCCGCCCACCCCACCCCCGAUCCAAAAAACAACAUACAUACGAGGCUAGAUCAUCUCGAACUCGUGUAACAAAGGCUGCAUAUUCUCCAUCGAGCCCCUCAAUCUUUUCGAAAAACUCCUACAAAACCCCCCAUUCGGUAAUGCAGAAUGAAUUCGAUGACAUCAGAUUCCACCAAGGAAAAGAGAAAUUCCGUGACAAAGAUUGUGAAACAGAGGAAUAUGACACACCGAACAAACUUGGGACAGCUAAAACCAUUGAUCAUGAUGAUGUCGAAAUUUGCCUUUCGUACCCCGUUUUGGCUGAAGGAGCUGUGGUGGGGUCGUUGAAUGCUGAUUUACGGUCUAAAUCAGGACCACGUUUUUGUCCGAGCCCUCAAGAAAGUUUCUACUCCGCCACACAGUACAUCGAAGGCAAACAGAGCUUUACCAACACCGAAGUCAGUAGUGUGAGGCAGUCUUGUGAGAGCGGUGAAGUUAGCAAUUCGUGCGACUUUGUAGUAGAGAGUAGAAAGACGAAUAGUUUCUACAGAGGAAGCAGUGGAAGUGAUGUCAGCGAUGAGAGCAGCAGCUCGAGCAGUUACGGCAGUGCUAUGUACAAACCGCACAAAACAAACGAUGUAAGGUGGGAGGCGAUUAAGCUUGUCAGAUCGCGCAAUAACGGGGCGUUAGAGUUGAAAAAUUUCAGGAUUUUUAAGAGAUUGGGGUGUGGAGAUAUCGGCAGCGUUCAUUUGGCUGAGCUGAUAGGGACGAGAACUUGCUUCGCCAUGAAAGUGAUGGAUAAAGAAGUUUUAGCCCAUAGGAAGAAGAUUCUCAGAGCUCAAACAGAGAGAGAGAUAUUGAAAUCUUUGGAUCAUCCUUUUCUUCCAACAUUGUACACUCAUUUCGAGACGGAGAAAUUCUCUUUCCUGGUUAUGGAGUUUUGUCCAGGUGGAGAUUUGCAUGCACUUCGACAGAAACAACGUGGGAAAUUCUUCCCCGAGCACGCUGCCAGGUUUUAUUUGGCUGAAGUUCUACUUGCUUUAGAAUACUUGCACAUGCUCGGUAUCAUAUACAGAGAUCUCAAACCGGAAAAUGUUUUAGUUAGACAAGACGGGCAUAUAAUGCUUUCCGAUUUCGACCUCUCACUGAGGUGCACUUUUAGUCCAACACUAGUCAAAUCGUCAAACCCAAUCGUGGAAUCAAAAAGCUCGAGAUAUUCCAUGGAGCCAUCAUGCGCUAAUAUCCAGACAACAUGUUUUGGGCCCCGUUUUCUUGGGAAACCGAAAAAAGAAAAGAAAUACAGACGAAAAACAGACACAAACAAUCAAGUGAGCCCACUCCCCGAACUAAUAGUAGAGCCGACAGACGCAAGAUCAAUGUCAUUUGUAGGGACACACGAGUAUUUAGCACCGGAAAUAAUCAAGGGAGAAGGGCAUGGCAGUGCGGUCGAUUGGUGGACUUUUGGGGUUUUUUUGUACGAGCUUUUGUUCGGGACAACGCCGUUUAAAGGACAAGGGAAUAAGGCUACAUUGUUCAACGUUGUUGGACAGCCUUUGAGGUUUCCAGAAAGUCCGACGGUUAGUUUUGCUGCGAGAGAUUUGAUUAGAGGGUUGCUUGUGAAGGAGCCUCAGCAUAGGCUUGCGUACAGGAGAGGUGCGUCUGAGAUAAAGCAGCACCCGUUUUUUCAGAAUGUGAACUGGGCUUUGAUUCGGUGCACCAGUCCGCCCGAUGUACCUGAGCCGUUCGUUAUGGAUUUUGAUUGUGAUCGUGGGUUCCGUGCAGGUGCACCUGCACCUUCAGUGGUGAACAAGGUGCAGAGUGGUGUCGAUGUGAAGCCUUCGGAUAAUUACUUGGAGAUUGAUUUCUUCUGAUUUUCGAUCUUUUUUUUUUUCUUUUGUUGGUAUACUUUGGGUGAUUUUUUUUUCAUUGGAAGAGGUAUGGAAACUUCUUGUUUCUUUUAUUGGAUUAGUGUAAAUUGAUAACCAUAAAAUCUGUUAUUGUUCAUUACUUCAAGCAAAUGAUUACUAAUUCUACCAAUUUACCGAAGAACAGCUUCAUUGAAA